UUGCUGGAGCCCAGCAUGGAGGAGGCAGGUGGGUCCUCGGCUCGGGCGGAGGCCCAAGUGGUGAGUGCCAGACUGAUGUGGAAGCAGCGGCCCCCUGCGCAGGAAGAGACCAGACACCGUUUUCACAAGGUGUCCUUGGUGUCAGAUACCCAGAUGGAAGUCCCCCAGGAGGAGACGUUUGAGUACAAUCACCGUGGAGAGGAAGUCAAUGGCUUUGCUGCAAGCGGAGAAGAGACUGUGAACCACCAAGGCCCCCGAAUUGGGGGUAGCUCCAAGGGCUUCCAGAGCCAUGGGCCCAUCUUUUCCAAAAAGUACACACUACCCCCCAGGGAGAAAAGGCUGGUGGGGAGGCUGAAAGAGGCUGCGGACGAGGGUGAUGGCAGCUCCCGAGACCCUAGGACUGAGCCACCAAGCUUGGGAGCCAUGGCAAGGACUGAGCUCUUGGUGCCCCUGCCUGGGCCCCGUGAGCCAAGCCCCCACCCAGGUAUGAGCCUUGAGAAACGGCGGGUGAUGCGCACUGUGCGGACCACGGUGGUGGUCGGAGGGCAUGUGGACCAGCGGGUGAGGAGCUCUGUGACUUUGGAGCCAGUGCUGCCCAGGGGCCGCAGUACUAUCCGGGCGAUAGUGGUGAACCCCAGGGCUGAGGGCCUGCCCAGCCGCAGUCAGGCCCUGGAGCUGCUAAGCAGCGUUGUGCCUGCUGAGCGAAACCCACCUGCCAGCAGGCUUCCCAUGCCAAGGAGUCCAGGUCUGAGCAGCACAGCGGGCCCAGCCCUGGGGCAGCUGCCUGAGCUGGGGACAACAGAGCCAAAAGACAGACCGGACCCAGCCCCUGUAGGUACCCCAGAGGGUGCUCGCCCACCUCCGAUCCAAGAGGUCCCUGCAGCCCACCCCGGCCAAGACCAGGGCCGAGGUCGGGAUACCAGGACCCCUGAGGUCCCAAGGGUGCAGGGAGCCUCCAACCCCAGCCAGUUCCCUCUCCACACCUCUCAGGGCCACGCACCAGUGCCUUCCUCUCCCGCACUCCAGACCCACACCCCUUCCUUCGGCCUAGACGACCCUCCUGAGCAGCCUGUGGUGCCCACUCUUCCCGGGGUCCAGCUCACUCUUGAUCCCAAGGGAACCCAGGCCCUGCCCUCUGUGAGAAAGGGAGGGGUCACAGAUCCCCCUGCUGCCACCGUCAUGCCCAUAGUGAGAAGUGAGGUUGCUAUCGUCCCUGGACACUCUCCAUCCCCUACAAGAAGGAAGUUGAUCCCCAGCCCGGGGGAUCUUUCUGCUCCAUCUUCCCCAAGGAAUAAGGUUGUUCAGGACUCUGAAGAGGUCCCUAUCUUCUCCCUUACCCAGAAAGAGAUAGUGCAGGUCCCUGGUAGUCUUGCUGACACAGCCCGCACCCAGAAAGGGGCUGUGCAGGGCCCUAGUGCUCCUGCCGCUUCUUCCCCCAAAGCAACCAAGGCUGUCCAGGGCCCAGAAGACAGGCCUAGCACCCAAAAAAAUGUUGUCCAGAGUAUCGAAGGCAGCCUUGGUCCUUCCUUCACCAAGGAAGUGUCUGUUCAAGACCUGAUUGCUCCUGCAAUCCCAUCCCCCAACAAGGAUAAGGUUGCCCAGGGCUCUGAAGGGAGCCCCAUCUCAUCUCCCACCCAGAAAGAGGUUGUCCAGGGUCCUGCUGUUCUCCCUGCUCCCUCCUCCUCAGGGGGAAAAGUGCCCCCCAGCCCAGGCGGGCCCCCGGUCCCAGGGCCAAUGGCAGAGGAGGCCAGCCUAGAGUCCCAGCUUGUCCCUGACUCCACUGAAGGCAAGAUGCCCCUGGAAUCCUCGAGGGAGGAGGAGGAGGAGGAGGUGGCUCUGGAUGCUGACCUGGAGAUUUUCCUGGACACUCUGCGGAGCAUGGAGUCCCCUGAGAUCCUCCGCACUCACCGGCUGCCACGAGCCCCUCGCUCCUCUUACCUGGCCAUGUAUGCCACGCUACCUGCUAUCGAGGAGGACCAGCCCAAGCCAUGGGUGCUGGGACCCAGCCCCCAGGAGGGGCCUGCACUGGAAGAAAAGGAGGAAGAAGAGGAAGAGGAGGAGGACGAGGAGGAGGAACCGGAGAACCCCUACCUGAGCGACGAUGAGAAGCUCCAGCGCAAGCAGGAGAAAGCUGGGACCAGCUUCUCCUGGGAUCCCUGCCCUGCCAGGCCCCCCCAGACCUCUUACUCCCCGCUGGAGAUGAUGAAGAAGCAUGUCACAGAUGCCGAGCGCUCCCGCUCAGAGCCGGGGGCAGAGUGGCAGAAGGGCGCGAGGCCCACUUCCCGCCUUGGAGGCAGUCUUUUCUUUGGUGGCCUGGUGACCGCCACCAAGGAGGCCCUUGCCUUGGGAUCACUGGGCACAAAACUAUCUGCUCUGCCUCCUCAUGGGGCACCAGGGCUCAGAAAGGUGCCCGGACAGCUGCCCCUGCUCUGCAGCGAGCGGGUGCCGACAGAGGAGCCUGAACGUGCUGGGCCCCCUGAGGGCUGGAGCCCAGCAUCAAAGACCCAGGGCAAGCCGAACACCAGGCCAGGAAAGGUGAUCCUCUUCUCGGAGCCCGGCUGCCAAGGCAGCAGCAGGGAGGUUUGGGAGGACACUGCGGAUGCCUCCGGCUGGGCCCGGGCGGCCUCCAUCAGGGUGCUUCGAGGCUGCUGGGUGCUAUACGAAAAGCCAGAGUUCCAAGGCCAGAAACUGGUCCUGCCUGAAGGGAAUGUGGAACUCAGAGCCUCGGGGCCAGCGUGGAGUAUCAAAGGCAUCGGAUCCCUGAGGAGGGUUGUCCGGGACUACAUUACCCCAGAGAUCAGCCUCUAUUCUGAGGAGGGUCUCAAGGGGGAGCAAGUGAAGCUAACCAACUCCUUGGAGGACCCCCAAAGCCUGAAGACGCCCCUGCAGGUGGCAUCUGCCACUGUCUCUGCAGGACUGUGGCUGCUGUACCCCAAACCCUUCUUUGAAGGCACUCCCUGCAUCCUGGAACCUGGAGAGUACCCCAACUCUGAGGCCUGGGGUACAUCAGACCCCAGCGUGGGCUCCCUGAAGCCCAUGAAAUUGGGCUGCCCAAGAGUGGAGAAGCCAGGGGAGCCCAAGGCUGUGAUUUAUGAGGCCCCAGGCUUUCAGGGCCGAAGCUGGGAAGUGAGCCGGGACAUCUACAACCUUCAGCAGCCAGAGGACAGCCACAGCCCCCACCUGGCCUCCGUGGGGUCCCUGAGAGUUCUUGGAGGCUGCUGGGUGGGCUAUGAGAAGGAAGGCUUCCGGGGCCACCAGUAUCUGCUGGAGGAGGGGGAAUACCCUGACUGGUCACACUGGGGAGGCUAUGACGAGGCGCUGAUCUCCCUGCGGGUCAUCCGGACGGACUUCUCGGAUCCGGCCGUGGUGUUGUUUGAGGCCAUGGACUUCGAGGGGCAGCACGUUGAGGUGAGCGAGGCACUGCCGGACGUGGAGCUGGCGGGACACAGCACCCACACGCAGGCUAUCCACGUGCUCAGCGGCGUGUGGGUGGCUUAUCGGGACGUGGGCUUCUCCGGGGAACAGUACGUGUUGGAGAAGGGAGUGUACCGCAACUGCGACGACUGGGGCGCAGGCAACAGCGCCCUCGCCUCACUUCAGCCGGUCCUGCAGGUCGAGGAGCACAAUCUGCACUUUGUCUCAAGGAUUCAGCUCUUCUCGGGUCCCGACUUCCUCGGAGACCACAUCUCCUUCGAGGAUGACCAGGCCUCUCUGCCCGCCUCUUUCCAGCCCCAGUCCUGCCUUGUCCACGGCGGCAGCUGGAUCCUGUUUGAUGAGAAGAACUUUGAGGGUGACCAGCACAUUCUCUCCGAGGGCGAGUUCCCCACUCUCACGGCCAUGGGCUGUCUAGCCUCUACAGUCCUGGGCUCCCUCCAGAAAGUACCGCUGCACUUUUCAGAGCCCUCCAUUUUCCUGUAUGGACUGGAGUGCUUCGAAGGGAAGGAGAUUGAGCUCAGUGGAGAGGUGCGGAGCCUGCAGGCCGAGGGCUUCAACAACCACGUGCUAUCCGUGCGGAUCCAGGGGGGCAUCUGGGUGCUGUGUGAACACAGUGACUUCCGGGGCCGCCAGUGGCUGGUGGGCAGCUGCGAGAUCACCAACUGGCUGACCUACAGUGGGACCCAGAGGGUGGGUUCCCUCUACCCCAUCAAGCAGCGCCGGGCUUAUUUCCGCCUCUGGAAUGCGGCCCUGGGGGGAUUCCUGGCUGUGCCAGACCACGUGGAAGACAUGAAGGCAGGCCGUGUGGUGGUCUCUCAGCCUGCAGCUGGAGGUAGCUGCAUCUGGUACUACGAAGAUGGACUGCUGAAGAACCAGGUGGCCCCUACCAUGAGCCUGCAGGUGAUUGGGCCCCCCAGCAUAGGCUCAAAGGUGGUGCUGUGGGCUGAGAGCCGCCUGCCUCGUCAGACAUGGAGCAUCAACAAAUCGGGCCACAUCUGCAGCCAGAUGUUUGAAGGUCGGAUUCUAGAUGUGAAGGGUGGCCGGGGCUACGACCGGGACCAUGUGGUGCUUUGGGAGCUGGCCAAGGACAGGGCUUCCCAGAUCUGGACAGUACAUGUGCUUUGA